AUGCCACCAUCUUCCAUACACACUGAGUAUUGCUGUAGUGUUGUGUUGUGUUGUGUUGUGUUGUGUUGUGUUGUGUUGUGUUGUGCAGUGUUGUGCUGUGUUGUGUUGUGUUGUGCUGUUGUGUUGUGCUGUGUUGUGUUGUAUUGUGUAGUGUUGUGCUGUGUUGUGUUUUGA